AUGUCUUCCAAGUGCGAUAUCUCCAAGCUCUCCGUUGUGGAAAUGUCGAGGUGGCUGGAGAAACUUAAAGGGAUGUUCGUUCGACCGAUUCGGUUUCUCGGUAUCGACUGGGCGCCACUGAUCAUUCCACCAAAGAGGCGGCUGGAGACUCUUGCUGUAGCCCACUUCAUGUUCCUCUGGGUAGUGCUACCUAUCAUAUCCACUUGGAACUGGUACAAGAAUCAUGCGAUUUGGACCCAUUUCGCUGACUAUUUUCCACUGAGGAUCGUCAAAACUGCGGAUUUACCGCCAGAUCGCAAUUAUAUCAUUGGCUCACAUCCGCAUGGCGCCUUGUCGAUUGGUGCUUUCACUGCUAUGGUCACAUCCGGAUCAGGAUUUCCAGACAUGUACCCCGGCUUGAAAUCCACAAUUCUCACGCUAAAUGGGCAAUUCUGGUUCCCUUUCCGACGGGAUAUUGGCAUCGCUCUUGGUCGAGCAAUAGCCAUCGUCUUGGGAGGAGCGACAGAGGCACUGGACGCUCAUCCCGGAACGCAUGAACUCUGCUUGUCUUCACGUCGUGGAUUUUGUCGUUACGCUCUGAAAUAUGGUACGGACCUUGUACCAAUGUACCACUUUGGUGAGAAUGAUGUCUUUGACCGAUGGGAAGGAAAUGCACGGGGGACUCGCAUUAGAGAAAUUCAGACGUGGAUCAAGAACAAAUUCGGAUUUUGUCCACCAUUGUUGAAAGGUCGCGGCAUCUUCAACUAUAGUUUCGGGAUGCUUCCACAUCGCAGACCCAUCACUACAGUCAUUGGAGCGCCAAUAAGAACCAACGACAGAAUCCCACGAGCAGAAUCGACGACUCAUCACGCCAAGUCUGCAAAGCCUCAUUGA